CAAAUAAUCACAUGACUGACUUCUCAAAAUGGCACCCCUACUAGUCAUAUUAUUAGCAUUUCUUCAAAUUUCCCUGCAAUCAGAAUAUGUUCCCGUAGUUCUAUGGGGAGAUAAAAGCAUUAAUUUGAAGGAAAGUUUGGUUGGUCAAACAAUUUUAGAAUCAGAAUUUCACAACCUUUAUUUAAAAGAUUUAAAGGAUGACCACGAACGUUCAAUUAUAUUGUUCUCUACGAGUUCAUUAUCAAUUGAAGAUUUCAGCAAAUACUCGGAUGCAUACAAUGAAAAGAGUAACGGGGCUGCUUUGAAAAAUUUAAAAAAUCGAAUAGAAAAUAGUGAAUCAAGGCAACUCAUAAGCGUAGAGAAUCCGUUCGAUGCUGUAAUGGCUUUAGGACAAAAUAAUGUCAACUUAUAUAAAAAAUAUAAGAUUGAUUCAAUAGCGAAUUUUCCUGAUAUUGCUGAACAAAAAAUCCUUUUAAUUGUGUCUCUACCCGAAGAUGCUGAAGAGUCGGAUACGCUAAUAAAUUCAGUUUUGAACAAAUUCGAUUCAGUGAACAAAAAAUACUUGGCUAUUUUCACUGGGGAAAAAUCAUCUUCCACUCAAAAUGCUGUGAGAAUUGGAAGACAUAUACUAGAAGAAAAAGAAAAAAAACAACCAGUACCAACUAUUUUAAAAUGUGGCUUAAUUUAUCUAAAAGGAGCAAAUAUAUCCCUAAAUGCUUUGCAAAGUAAAGAUCCAGCCCAAAAAUAUUACGUACCAGUAAAAUCUUCUGAUAUAAAAGCCGAUUGUGCUAAAGAUGGAAAGGCAACUGUAACAAUACCAUUUGAGGAUGGUGACAAAAAGAUUGAACUAUCAGUUGAACUUAUGUCAACAAUUCUUACCAAAAAUAAAGCAUUUACAAAUCCUCCUUAUCAGUUAUCAAAUUAUUCUGUACAUUUAAAGACUGAAAAAGGUGAAGAAGUAAAUUUUGUAUCUCCAAGGGUUGAUUCAGUUGGCCCUAGAAAAUCAUUUCAUUGUGGCAAUUUAGUGUUAAAUAAUAAACAUGAACCUGGUAAAAGAACUUAUGAUGUUUCUGUUAUACUAAAUAGCUAUCAAAUUCAAAUGAAUGUGACUGAACCUAAAGAAGCCGUUUUCCAUAAUGCAGAAGAUUGUGUAGGCUUCUUCACGACUGCUAUUUGGUCAGGAUUAAUCGCGGUUUUUGUGCUAGUUGUUGUUUUGGUCUUCGCCAUCUUAAUGAUUAUGGAUAUUAAAACUAUGGAUAGAUUUGACGAUCCAAAGGGAAAACAUUUAAAUUUGGGUAAAACCGAAUAA